CACAGCCACCUCGGCCUGUCUCUUGAUCGAGACAUAUAUCCAUGAGCGACUUUAAUGCGGUUAUUGCAAACACAUGUGUGAACGUUUGGCAUAAAUUUGAAGGAAAAGGAUCUCUGCGCUUCCUAGAAAAAAGCUCACGUACGGUUUUUGCUGGGAUCGUUCUCCGUGAUGAUUCAGAAACCCCCCCAAAGUUUCACUGCAUCUCCAUCGGGAGUGGGACGAAGUGCUUGCCGCAGUCUCGACUGACUGAAGAGGGAGAUGCGCUACACGAUAGUCAUGCCGAAGUUUUGGCCCGUAGGGGAGCAGUUCGGUGGCUAAUUGAGGAGUGGUCUCGGUUGAGCGACCAAUCACCUUCUGGGUCUCUGACAAAAUGGCUAAUACGGGCACCUUCCGGCCUCGUGGCACUAAAAGACUCCGUGUCUAUGCACUUAUACGUCUCGUCCAUUCCAUGUGGAGACGCAUCUAUGCUAGCACUCGCGUUGGAUCAAGAUCCCACUGUGGCCGCUCUGAAGGAUUCAGGGAGUCGUUCAGAUGUCCAGGAAGGAACAGCUGUCAGAGGGAGGGACAAUUACUUCGCAUUCGGUGCUUUGAGGACGAAACCUGGAAGAGCCGACUCCAUGCCUUCCAUAUCCAUGUCAUGCAGUGAUAAAAUUCUCAAGUGGGCGCUCCUAGGCAUUCAAGGGGCCGUUGCCUCUUUAAGGUUCCAGCCUAUGUAUCUGUCGUCCAUUAUCAUCAGCGGCGUUCCGGUUGGCAACAGAAACACGGCGGUUGGCGAAUGCGAAAGGGCAUUUUCACCUUAUCGCCGCCUACAGCGUCGUAUGUUUGCACCAAGCACCGUACUACGGGUGUCUGAUUCUUCCUCAGCAUUCGAUUCAGCCUGGAAGUUUGAGCCCUUUGCCUACCAUCGAGUUGAAAUUGGUUUUACUGACGUCGAAUUCCCUGCAUCUCGUGGGGAUCGUUUCUGCAACGAGAGCAUUGCAUGGAACGCGCAUGGACAACUAGAAAUCCUCGUUAACGGACGGACCCAAGGGAGCUUAGGUGCAAGCAAACGUCGUAAACUACCAACUCUAAGUCGCGCGGCCAUUCGUUCUCUACUUGGGGAAUACAAUUGGGUUAUCACAAGGGAAGGAAUGCGCUACAACGCCACAAAGCAGUCAUCAAGCGCCUAUCAGGCAGCUCGGGCUCAACUAAUGGCUUCUGGUGGUCCAUUGGAGGGUUGGAUAGUUACUCAGGAGGACCGGAAGAUAUGA